UGUGACACAGGGAUGACUAAUUUCCCAACCGGUGUUUGUUGUCCGAUAAGAAAUCCUGUGACUAAUGUCACAUCAACUCUUUCAUCACCGUGUGUGAAUAGUGCUAGUGACCAUUUGUUCACGGUAUUUGAUCGGUAGCACAAUGACAGUAUUCUAAACGCGGAAACUAGGUAGAAACAACUGACGCGAACAUGAUUUUAUUUGAGCGCUGUAUCCGUAAGUUUCGGUUGCUGCUGUCAUAAUUAUGAAUCUGCAGAUUUUUACACACAGUUCAGCACUAAUUUGACGCCAUAGUAUUAAAGAAUUCCCUACUUGAACCAAGCUGUCCUACUUCAACCCUGAUGAUGGAGUCAACUGAAAGAAGACCGAGUAGUGACUAUACUGAAAUAAUUAGCCGUCUUCCACUAAAACACCGUUUAGCCUAUGGUGUUGGCCAUGUUUUGAAUGAUAUAUGUGCGUCUAUGUGGUUUACUUAUCUUCUAGUAUUUUUUCAUUUGGUGCUACAGUUCAACAGUUUUUUAGCUGGCCUAGUGCUGUUAAUUGGACAAAUAGCAGAUGCAGUAGCCACACCAUUUGUAGGAUAUCAGUCGGAUAAAGAUGACAACUUUUGGCUCUGCAAGUACGGAAGACGCAAAACAUGGCAUUUGUUUGGUACAGUGUGUGUACUAUUCAGCUUUCCUCUAAUAUUCUCACCAUGCUUGAACUGCGAACAUAGCCAUCAGUGGGCUCAGCUUAUAUAUUAUUCUGCAUUUGUCAUCAUCUUCCAGCUGGGUUGGGCAUCAGUACAGAUUUCACAUCUUUCACUAAUUCCUGAUCUCACCCCAAGUGAGCAUGAACGCACAGAAUUGACAGCUAUAAGGUAUAGUUUUACAGUCUGUUCCAAUGUAUUUGUGUACAUUAUUACAUGGGCAAUUUUGCACUUCACAAGUGAAAAUUCAGAAGCACAAAUAGGCCCAAAAGAUUUAACAAAAUUUCAGAAUGUAUCACUGAUUGGGAUUGGAGUUGGUGCAUUUGCAUCUCUGAUAUUUCAUCUGGGUGUCAAGGAAGCACCACCACGCAGUGAUGGCUUAACGCAUGGUCCAGGUGGCCGACGCACAGCAUUACACAUGCUGAGAGAUAUUCAGCUUUAUCAGGUUGCAGGAGUGUAUAUGGCAACUAGGCUCUUCGUCAAUCUCAGCCAGGUUUACAUCCCUCUGUACCUGCAUGAAUCACUGAGUAUGAAUGCAGAAAGCUUGGCAAUAGUUCCACUUGUCAUGCUUCUGUCCAGUUUCGGAACAUCAUUGCUGAUCAAAUUGUUAAACAAGAAACUUGGCAGAAAGGUAGCAUAUUUAGUAGGUGCUGCUGUGGGGUUUGCUGGGUGCUUAUGGAUCCAAUUUGGAUAUGGCAGUGCAUUUGUUAGAUACGAAAUCUAUGGUGUUGCAGCUUUAUUGGGUGCUGGAGGUUCCAUAAUGUUGGUGACAAGUCUUGGUAUCACAGCUGACUUUAUUGGGCAUAAUACUGAAAGUGGUGCAUUUGUAUAUGGGGCAAUGAGUUUCACUGACAAAUUGUCAAAUGGAGUUGCUGUAACUAUAAUACAGGCAUUGAAAUGUGGCACACUGUGUGUUGGCUACUACCGAGAUGUAAUGACAUAUGUGUGUGGUGGUGCAGCUUUAUUUGGUGUUGUUGCUUUAGUGACCUUGAUGCCAUUCCAGAUAGGGAGAAGAAAGGAUGGUGCGGCACCACCAUACAGUUCACUGACUUCUGAAGAACAAACAGAUGGCUUUGUUAAUACCAGCAUCCAAAAUGAAAAUCAAGCUGGCCUGAUAUCUUAAUAUAUAAUUAUUGUUACUAUAUGACUGUUGACUGUGAUAUAUUUUGUAAAUGGUACUGACUCAUAAUCUUAGUCACUUAUAAUUUGUUGUUGUGUGUGAAGUUUUAUUGUACCUACUGUUCCAAAAAUUUGUUUCCUUGUUUGUUUAUAUAUAUAUAUAUAUAUAUAUAUAUAUUCAUCAUCAAGUAUGUGUGCAAUGAUUGCUUUAGCAAAUGUUGUAUUUAUUUAUUUGUUGUUUAAUGAGUGUAGUUUAAAAAUGUUUUGCACAGACACUACAUGGAAGAUAACUGGCAGGAGACUUUCAAAACUAUACUUCAAAAGUUUUGUGAUGUUGCUUCCUAG